AUGCAGUGGAGCGAACUGAGGCGUCAAGCCAAGUCCCUCGAAAGUGAAAUAGAUUUAAAGCUCACCGAGUUUGGCAAAGUUGGUAGCUCCUCUUUCAUUGGUGGCACUGGUUCCCGAACCCCACAUAUAACCCAAUCUUCCAAUAUCCAAAGCUAUGGUGAUCUCUGCAACGAUAUUGAAAAUCUGUUAGAGAGGUUAACGCAGGUCAACGAUAAGAUGGGUGACAUUGUGUCCAGCGCAGACCAUGGUAAUGUCAGUCAACAGCACGUCGCAAAGCGUCAUCGCGAAAUCCUCUUCGACUAUUCACAGGAUUUUAAGCGCAUGCGGACUAACUUUAACAACGCUCGCAACCGGGACUAUCUUCUAUCAUCGACAUACCGACUUCAGAGCACACAUCAUGGUGAUAAACCACCUGAGGCCACAAGGCUUUUGAUUGAAGAACAGCGGAGUUUGCUCCAUACGGAUAAGAUGUUGACUGAUAGACUUUCAGCAGCCUCAGCAAUCCGUUCAGCGUUAAAAUCACAACACCACAAACUCAAAGCCACUACGGGUAACCUAUUGAAUCUAAGAGCUCAAUUUCCUCUCGUGAAUAAGGUCCUCAAUCAGGUGUCGUGGCGCAAGAAACGAGAUUCGAUUAUCAUCGGGUCAGUGAUUGGUUGUUGCCUUCUCUUUCUACUCUUCUAUCUUUUCCAUUAA